AUGAAUACUACAAAUUACCCUCAAGAGACCGCUAAUGCAUGCUGGCCUGUGUCCGCUACUGCAACUACAACUACUACAACUCAACCAACCAAUUUAAGAUCAACUGCAAGAAUAUUUAGUACUUCAAAUGGUACCCAUGAUUCUUUUAGAAAAUUGGAUUCCAGAGUAACAUUACCAACCUUUUCAAAUAUCUCGGUAUCUGAUCCCUAUAACUACCACCAUCGUCACCAGCAACAGCAGCAACAACAACAACAGCAACACUCACAACAACCUCAACAACAAUAUGUGCAACAGCAACAGCAACAACAACACCCACAACAACCCACUAGGACUUUAUCGUUAGGCCAGAAUUAUUCUAAACCAUUGUUACCGUCAAUGAUGCAGAGUAAUGACUCAAAUAAUGUUGCUGUCACUCCUACAAAUAAUAACUUGUUGGUGGGAAAUCCAGCAGUCUCACCAUUGAUGUCACCUGCAAACCAACAGGAUCUGACUUUCAAAAGUUUUCAUCCAAUGCCUUCAAUGCACCAGCACCAAGAGAUCGCUCAACACUACCUACCAAAAUCUGCCACUAUCCUAUCCCCUACUGAUCAUCAGUCACACAUGUCUGCUAUUCAUUCAGGAAUCCCAAUAACCUCUCCACCAACUUCUCGUAAGAAUACUCAAGAGCUAAUUGCUAAGUCAAUUGCAGAAAAAUACAAGGAUAGGCCUAUCUCUAAUUAUAUCACUGUUGUUAAAUCUGCUGAAAUGGAUUACUUAAAUUUGAACCCUUCUGUACAUCCAAAAUCUGUUAUUCAACAAGCUGAACAAGUUAGAAGAAGAGAGAGACAAGUUUAUGCAUUCAUAUGGCUAAUGCAAAAUUGUACCGCUGACUCAAAUAGUUAUGUUCCAAGAGGUAGAAUUUUCUCACAAUAUGCCACAUCCUGUGCCAAAAAUUCUUUAAAACCAUUAUCUCAAGCUUCAUUGGGUAAGUUUAUUCGUUCAUUAUUCCCAAACUUGAAGACUAGAAGGCUUGGUAUGAGAGGUAAAUCUAAAUACCAUUACUGUGGUUUGAAGUUGGUUAGUGAUAACGGACACCCACCAUCUACCGUUAUGUCACCUUCUUCUUCAUCGUUAUCAUCUGUCAGUUCUGGAGCAAAUAGUGCUGGUACAACUAAUUCUGCUACUUCAAGUUCUGACAUGGGUGCAAACACUUCAUGCAACACUGACUCUCAAACACGAUCACAUCCUGUUCAUGGCAUGCGUUCAAAAUUGAAUAACGAAAUCAAGAUAAUUAGCAGCUUGCACUCUCCAAACUCCAUCCUAUCUGAUAAUUCUCCAAUGUUUGAAGACAAUGAUUCCAAUGUUAGCACUAACCAUUCCAACAAGAAUCAUAGUGAAGAUGGUUCUCCAUUAUCAGAGGAGAUUCAAUACGAAGAAGAUGACAAUUUUGAAGAUGAUGAGGUCGAGGAGGAUGAUGAACGUGAUUUAGCAUUCCGCCCAGAUGCUAAUGGACAUGCUCGUGCUUCAAGAAGUAUGAAGAAUAAGGAUAGUUUAAUUAGCAUUGAUAUUCCAUACAGCAGUAAUUUGUUUCAAUCUUUAACUGCCUUCGAGGAUAUCAAUACUGGUUCAUUUACGCUAAAAUUUCCAAAGAUAUCUAUCGACAAACUUCCUAACAAUGUCGAUAGUGAUGUUAUAUCUUCCAUCGAAUCGCUUUAUAGCGUUCAUUGUAACACUUUACACCAAAAUAUCCACAAUAUGAAAUUUGAUGCGGAAGCUCAAAGUUGUUUGUCAAUUUAUAACAAUGGCUUGCUGUCAUCUCAACUGUACUAUUUAUUUAUUUCUGAUCAGUUAUGUGAUUGGAUAUGCGAAUGUGACAUGAUAACACAUAGAUCUUUAUUAAGAUAUUAUACUAAGUUAAUGUUAAGUGAAAAGGUUGACACAAACAAGAUAAAUAAGGAGACAUUAUCAAGACUAGAACAAUUUUGCAAGGAGUAUACAUCUGUAUUAGCAAACAGCAUUACAGAUUUACCAAAGCCUAUUGUUGAUAGGAAAUUGGAGAUUGCAAAGAAAUUUUCUGAGUUAUUAAAUACUUUGGUUACUUUAACCAGAGUAUCUCAAAGUUUUUCAUUACAGUUAUCUAAUUGCAAUCCUGAAAAUAUGACAAAGGACAUUCUAGUUGACAAAAUAAAUUUUGAUAAUUUAUUAGAAUUUGCAGGCUGUUCUGAUAUAGAAAGGAAGGAAACAAUCAAAAAUUUUAUUUUGGAACAAGUACUAUCGAUUAUGAGUCACCCAGUAUGUGGAUCUGAAGAUCACAAGAUUGAACCAAGUGAAAUUUUAUCAAGAAUGUUUAAGUCACAUUGUGAAUUCUAUUCUAAUUUCACAGAUCUUCCCGCAAGUAAAAUAACUUGGACUUCAACUAAAUUUGCUGAUUCCUCAAUGAGUGAAAUUAUUAUUAAAGCUAAUGAAGUUGUUGUACCAUGGUUGUAUUACAACAAUAUAUGUCACCAUUUAUCAUACUUCUUGUUGGAAGCCAAUUCAUUUUUAUUUUAA